UGUACCGGUUGUGUCCGUGCUUCCUCCAGGUUGGUUGGUGAGCGCGCACCGCCCCGCCCGACAAUCAAACAAUCGGAAUCACCCUCACAGCUACAGAGACUAUUACAGAUCCAUCUGUUCACUCCAGUUGCCACGACUGUAUCUGUAACUGUCUUUUGCUGUCCCCUUCGAAGCAACACUCUUCUCCGAAAGGCCAGUCAGUGAUAGAAUAGAUUGCGAAGUAUUCGUCUCCCUGUAACCAUCCGUAUAUGUGCAGUGCUUUUGAAGUGUGUUGAUCUCUUGACGAGGAGUGCGUAGCGCGCGAUGAUGGACAAUACGGGAAUGGACUCAGAUCAUAGUAGCCACGCGUCUUCCGGAUCCCCGGCUGUAGCCGUCAAACCACCAUCCUCUCCAAUCAACAAUAACAACAACAAUAACCACAAUCAAGUGCACAGUCCGCGUCAAGCCAGUCCCCUAGGUCCUCCGAUGUCCAUGGCACAUCCACUAAGUCCGCCGCCGGUGUCCACAGCCAAUUUGGUCAGAAGCAUGGGUCUUGGCCAUCUUCAUCCCCCGGGUCUCGGACUCCUGAACUCACUCGGUGUUUUGCACAAUCCCCUAGACCUGAUGGCUCACCACGGUCCACCGCGUUCCUACAACAGUCCGCCGCCGAUCUCCACCUCAGACCCAACUGCCAACGAGUGCAAACUGGUAGAUUACCGCGGCCAAAAGGUCGCCGCUUUCAUAAUCGCCGGCGACACGAUGCUGUGUCUGCCGCAGGCCUUCGAACUCUUCCUCAAGCACCUGGUCGGCGGCCUCCACACAGUUUACACGAAGCUCAAGCGCCUCGACAUCGUCCCCUUAGUCUGCAACGUGGAACAAGUGCGAAUCCUUAGAGGACUCGGCGCCAUCCAGCCGGGAGUCAACCGCUGCAAGCUGCUCUCCUGCAAAGACUUCGACACCCUCUACAGAGACUGCACCACAGCCAGCUCCAGACCCGGGCGACCUCCAAAGCGCGCCCCCGUCGGCUUAAGUCUAGCCGCCUCCCAUCUGCAGCACCAACAAAUUAAGAAACACAGACUCGACAACGGCGACUAUCCUUACGAAAAUGGACACAUGGAUAUGUCGCGGAUGGAGAAGUCACCCCUUCUGGCUAACGGAUACAAUCAUCCCCCGCAUCUAGGUCACAUGCAGUUCAUGCAGUUGCCGCAUCCGACGGCCGCCCACUCAGCCCUCCUGUCUCCGGCGAUGCCCCACAACCUGGCCAGACCCGAUGGAUCGGUGAUCAAGAACCAAGGAAUGCCCACGAUGGAAGCGUUCGCAAGGUCCGGCAUUUGGGAAAACUGCAGAGCCGCCUACGAGGAUAUCGUCAAACACUUAGAAAGGUUAAGGGAGGAAAGGGGUGACCCGGACAGGCCUAUGCCGCUCGACCACAAAGUUAGAGAUCUGAGUCCCAGACUUGCAUCGCCGACAGAUCACAGUCCCGUCUUAAACCUGUCGAAGAGCGGCGGAGGAAGUGCAGGUUCCCUAGGUGAUAACGACCACUCAGGUAGCGAGGUGGACGGUCCAGAUGCGCCUCCGUCCCCGCGUUCCCCGCACUCCGCCGCCGACGAUGAAGACGACGACAACAUUUCGGAUCCGGAGGAGGAGGACGACAAGGAUCAAGAUUUGGAUGAUGCCGAUUUGGCGAUGUCGACGGCACCUGGAAGCGACUCCCAGCAGGCUGCCAUCAACUAUUCCACAUUGGCCAGCGCCGUUGCGAACGGUCCGGGUCAGGACCCAAGCAUCUCCUCGACGGAAACGCUCCUCCGCAACAUCCAGGGUCUCCUCAAAGUAGCCGCAGACAACGCCCGCCAACAAGAACGCCAAAUUAAUUACGAAAAAGGUACAAAUAGUAACAUGGUGUAUCUACUAUCACUCGCCCAAUAUUACAUGUACUUGGCAGCAACGCAGAAAUGUUAAAAAUCGUUAAGUUAUAAUCCAUUCGUUUUAUUUUUUAAUUGCGAGACUUGUAUAUAUUAGCUUUUGGGGUAUAUAUAUAUAAAAAUAUAUUUAUAUACGUAUAAAAUGUAAAAAGGUAAUCCGACAUAUCUGUGCCUAAGCUACCAAAACAAAAAAAGAACAAUUAAAAAAUGCAAAAAAAAAUAAUUGAUAUAGUGAAACCAAAAUUGGUAACUUUGGCUCAAAUCAUCUAAGGAGAAUGAAGGAAAGGAAGAAUUAAAAAAAAACAAAAUGUAAAUUUCGAACUGCAGGUGACAUUAACAUUUU